AUGUCGCAACAACAACAACAACAGCAAGAAGAAGAAGAAGAAGAAGAAGAAGAAUGUACAGCUCAACUCUUGGCCUCGAAUAACAUUAUUCCAGAAAAUAAUAAUAAUAAUCACACCAAUAAUAUUCUGAAUUACGAAAAUGAUAUUGAAAAUCUGCAGAGCGAUUUAGUAACGGAUAUAUUGUCUCAUUCUACCGACUCAUUAUUAAUAAAAGACAUUACACAACUUUUCCAUAAGAAAAAUACCUCCUCAAAUAACAUAACCAAGAGAUUGCCCUCUGAUACCGAAAUACCAUCAACACUGCAACAAAUUGAGUUAAGUUUGAAAAAAAUAUACAACAAAAUCCAAGUUCUUUUGCUAAGAAAUCAUUGUUCAUUAGAUUUUUUAAAGAUAUUCCAGAUUUACAUUUCAAUACUUUUAGAUGAAAAUAUCCUGUUUUAUAAAGACAAAUACUAUCAUUUUAUAAAAGAAUAUGUCGGAUAUGAAAUAAAUAAGGAAAUGAAUCUUUUAAUGAAUAAGUUUUUGCUUGAACCAACAAAUAUUUAUAUGAAACUGGCCAAUUUUAUGUUCAACGGGAAAUUGCGUAUUAAAAAUAAAGUUUUUCAUAGAUGGCUUCUCAAAACGGAUAUUAUUGCUCAGCUUAUUAGGCUAGAACGUAUAUGGUACAGCAAUAUGAAGUUAAAAGUUUUAAAUAUAUGGAUAAAGAAAGCCAAUUAUGAAAAUACGUUAAACGAGGAAGCUGAUGAUUUUAGAAAAUUUAUACUGAGUUCCAAAGCUUUGGAUAACUGGUUAGAUCGGACGGAACUCUAUUCAAAGGCACUAUCGUUUUCAGACUCAUUUUUCUUGAAUAAACAUGUUUUCAAUAGGAUGAGUGUGAAAAAACAAAAAAUAGAAAUCAUGAACAAAAAUGCAGAUAGUUUUCGUCAUAUUAAAUUAAUGGAAAGGGUUUUCAAACAAUGGAAGUUAAAUGGUAAUCUUUUAGUCAAGUUUAAUGCAAUCAUUCAAAACAAGUAUAGAAAGUUUGUUUUUAAACUUAUUAAAAAUAAAUAUUUUAAUGAUAAAAAGAAUUUAUUGAUAUCAAAAAAUCACAAUAAUGGGCAAAUAUUGCAAAAUGCCUUCCAGAAUUGGAAACUGAGAUUUGAGGAGUUAAGAUCAAACGAAUCACAGUUGACUAAAAUAUCUGGAUCAUACAUAAUGGAAAAAUACAUGGGGGUCUGGAUAAAAAGUUAUAAUGUGCAACUUAAAAUAAGUCAAGUUAGAUACCAGUACAAUAUUUUUUUAAAAAAGAAUUAUUUUUUAAAUGUAUGGCUGAAAAAGAGUAACGACUGCAAGAAAUUGGAGAAUCUGAUUUUUGAAAAAUCCCAAGAAAAAUGUUUGAAAAUAAUGGAGAAUUGGGUCCUGAAAGUUGAUGAUUAUGCUCGAGCAGACACUAUUUAUUUUGCCAAAUUAAAAGAAAUAUUUUUCAAAAAAUGGCGUUUGGUGAGCAUAUCUAAUUUUUUUGAGGCAACCGUUCUAAGACCGAACCUGUUAAACAAAAUGCUUCAAAGAUGGAAAGAUGAACUGAUCUUGGAAAGUCAACUAGCUCUUAAAGAGAAUGUCUUGUUGGAUGAAUACUUCGCCACAUGGCAUGACAAGUUGGCUUUUUAUCAAGAUAGCUAUGUUAAAGCUGAUAAAUUUUUAUCCAAAAAAUUGCGUUGGAAAUAUUUUUCAAUUUUCAAAAAAAAAUACGAUUUAAUACAAGAUAAUUAUGAGAAGAGUAAUUUUUUCAUUAUGCUGAGAUCUAUCAACGUGUUAAAAAACAGCAUAAGACAUAUAAAAGAAGUGAAUGAACAAGAAAGACUAUUUAUUGAAAAUAGGCCGAUCAGCAAUUCAAUUUCUAGGAAAUACUUUAAAUUAUGGAAACAAAAGGAAAAUGACAUCAGAGAUUUAAAAUAUAUGGUGCUUUUAAAUGAAUAUUUGGAAACUGUGCAGAAUUUUAAAAAACAGGAAAUUUUCCAAUUAUGGAUAUCCAAGAUGUUAAAACAGGUGGAAUUGAGAAAAAAUGCAGAUGUUUUAGCCAACAACUUUCAGAAAAAAAGAGUUUUUAGUAUCAUUAAACAGCAGCAGUUAAACAGCGAGGAAUAUAAAUUACUAGCAGAUGAAUCAAGAAGAUAUUUUUUGUUGAUGAAUUUUUUUAUAGCAUGGAAAAAUACAUAUGCCAACACAUUAUCUUUACUGGGUUAUUUAGGUAUUUUAAAUGAGAAAAAACAAUUGACAUUACAGAGAGCUUAUUUGAAUGUUUGGACCGUGAAAUAUUUAAAAGUUGCUAGUACAAAUGAAACCGCAGACGCAUUUAUUAAAAGGUGGGAUAGGGCCACAUUACGGGCUACUUUAAUGAUAUGGAGAGAAAAAACAAAAGAGAAAAAGAUUAUUCGUACCCCAAUUUCAGACACAGGUGGCCAGGGGAAAAAAGAGGAAGGAGAAGAAAACGAUCUCACCUAUGACACUAGUUUAAUUCCUCGUGAAUAUUUUGAAACACCAACAAAACCACGAAGUAGGACUACGUCUAGUAUACCUAUGAGUGAACGUAUAAAACAAACUAGAAUGUCAGCCAUGAAAAAUAGGUAUAAAAAAGCAUCUUUAAGAGCUAUUCCAAGUCCAAUUAAAAGUUCUAGUGUUCUAAAUUCGACAAUUAAAAACAAGUUUUCACCAAUCAAGAAUAGGUCUCCUACAAGAUUACAAAAGUCAGACACUUUUCUAAACAUUAAUUCAGUUCGUUUAAGACCUGAAGAUGGGGAACAUUAA